CUUGCCCGCCCCACGUGUAGUUGCUUCAUCGACGGCAGUAGUGCGGACCGUAGUCUACGCGAACGAUGGCGACAGAGAGCAAAAAACAGCGAAGGCCAAACUUUACGGAGGCUGAAUUGGAAACACUAGUCGACGGUUACGAGGCACGUAGGACCGCGAUAGACGCGAAGGGCGAUGGCCCGCAUGGCUCCGCCGCCAAGCAGCGGGCCUGGCUGCAAAUCACUAAGGAUUUAUAUGCCGUUUCCGGCGUAAGACGAGACGUGGCCGAGGUGAAGAAGAAAUGGGCCGACUACAAGAGCAUCCACAAAAAGCGAGGUGCAUCCUUGAAGCGCAGCCAGGGAACCACCGGAGGCGGCGUUGGUGACAAGCCUCUCAAUGAUGUGGAGGAGAGAAUGGUGGGGCUCCUGAGCGUGGAGGCAAUGGCCGGCAUCCCUGGCGCCUUCGAUAUUGGGGUUGCGGUCGAGGUACCAAUGGACGAGCCCUUCAGCCUGCCGUUCUUGGGCACUCCCGCAACAUCACAGGCAGCAAGGCCGGGCUCAGUCGAGCUAGUUCCCUCCAUUGAUACGACUCCAGGACCAUGCAGGCCUGCUUCAUCGAGACCGCCACGUGCAAGCUUAUUUGGCGUUCAACGCGUACACCCACAGGAAGACGCAGAAAACCACGAUGCCAGCGGAUGUCUGCUGCAAGACGACGGUGGGGCUUCGCUCCGCACUUCAAGGAGUCACAAACCCAACCAAAGGCGUGACAUGGAGGACCCUAGCCACAAGAUUAUCGAAUCUCAGCAAGCUAUUGUUGAGCGCCUGGACCAGAUUAUAGAACUGCAGAAGCAGAGGGUGGCACUUGAAGCCUACAAGCUCAACGUGCAGUUUGUAGAUGGCAAAAUUGUCCCUAUGUAAUAAUAAGAAGACA